CCCGCCCCGCUGACCCGGCCGCUCUCCCCUCGCUCGCUCCUGCCCGGGCGUGCAGGGCCCGGCCGCCGCCAUGUCGGGCCCGUUCGAACUCUCGGUGCAGGAUCUCAAUGACCUGCUCUCAGACGGCAGUGGCUGCUACAGCCUCCCGAGCCAGCCGUGCAACGAGGUCACCCCGAGGAUCUACGUGGGCAACGCGUCUGUGGCUCAGGACAUUCCCAAGCUGCAGAAACUGGGCAUUACUCAUGUCCUGAACGCCGCUGAGGGCAGGUCCUUCAUGCAUGUCAAUACCAAUGCGAACUUCUACAAGGACUCCGGCAUCACCUACCUGGGCAUCAAGGCCAAUGACACACAGGAGUUCAACCUCAGUGCUUACUUUGAAAGGGCUGCAGACUUCAUUGACCAGGCCUUGGCUCAAAAGAAUGGCCGGGUGCUUGUCCACUGCCGUGAGGGUUACAGCCGCUCCCCCACUCUAGUCAUCGCGUACCUCAUGAUGCGUCAGAAGAUGGAUGUCAAGUCUGCUUUGAGCAUUGUGAGGCAGAACCGUGAGAUUGGUCCCAACGAUGGUUUCCUGGCCCAACUCUGCCAGCUUAAUGACAGACUAGUCAAGGAGGGAAAGUUGAAACUCUAGGGCACCCCCACGGCCUCUUCUCUAGAGGUCUGAUGGGAAGGCCCUGCUUGAGGGUGUCCCAAGCCGCCAUGUUUAGGAAACAGUGUAUCCUGCCCCCAGCGUCACAAGGCACUUGCCUACAUGUCUAUCAUAACAUGGCCCUGGGCCACUUCCCCCACCCCCAGGGGGCAUAUAAAGAAGCUUGCCAAGGAGGGCAUUUUUGCUUCCUGGUUGUCCUGUUCCUGUAAUUUAUGUCCUCUUCUUCAGGUGGGUGCUCGGGAGGGGAAGGCCUGUGGCAUGCAUGCUUCUCCAUGGCCCAGGGCAGGGAGUUUUAGGAAUGUGAGGCCUGAGACACUCACAGGGGCUCCUCGUGACCUCCUUCCCACACCCCAGAGACUCUCCUGAGUGGAGACCUCAGCACCUUGAGCCUAGUAAAGGAACUAUGCAAGUGCGGGCCCCUCUGUCCCCCACCACAUCUGUCACCUGGUCUCGUCACAGCCUUGCACACCCUGCUCCUGCACAGAGGCACAUCGUGGGGUCUGAAGCCGAGCUGGGGGUGUCAUCAGUUAGUGAAUGGAAAUUCCCAGGAAGAGGCUGCUUUUUAUUAUUUCCUUAGGAGUCAAGACACCACAGGAGGAGUCCCUUGGGUGGGCAAGCAUGUUCUCCUGGCGGACUCUCCGAAAUGCACAGAAUUUUUAAAUGUGCCUCUUUGGAAGGCUUGAAUUCUGAAUGCACUGCUUUGGAAUAUGCCCUUGGACUGCUCUGUGACUUCGCUUGUUAGGAGAGCGAUGCCUCAGGGCACGGUUUUAUUUUUCUUUUUUAGAAAACAGGGUGUUAAGGUCCAGCCUAUUUAAAAACCCCACCAUUUGGAGAAUUACAAGGGUUUUGUCUUGAAUUAUAGUGUUGGCGAGCCCAAGCCACUCGUGCUAACUGCUUUUUUGUCCCAGUUGCUAUUCCAAGAACAGGAGGAGGAAGUUAGCCAAUUACAGCGUGUGCGUGGGUGUGUGCGUGGGGGCGUGCCUCUCAGAAACGCAGCCCGAGGACAGCAGGGAAAUGAAGGGUCCCAGGCGCACACCCUGCCCACUUACAGGCGGCUCAGACCGCUCUCUGGUGCCCUUGCAGGAGCCCUGGAGUGACUCAGCGAGGCAGGAUGAGCCAUGGUGGAGCAUCCACAAGGAUCCUUUGCUGGUGGCAGAGCAAACAUGAACAGAAAACAGCUUUUUUAAGGACUUUUUUGAGGUGACGUCAGAAUGCCCACUAGCACUGUGUGUGCACAUUUGCCAGACGAUGGGAGUUUGUUUUGAACAGUCUUGCUGGGACUUGACGUUCUUGUUAUUAUGGAAAGUAAUGCGAUGCUGUGUGUCUUCAGGGUCACUCAGGGCAAAGAGUUGGUCCUCAACCUACUCCCAGGGCCGACUCAGAGGCGUCUCAUCAAAGUUGAUGGAAUUAAACUCUGUUUUUUGAGUGUCAAAUAUAUUUCGGGUGUUGUUCUAGUGGGUUGUACCCAGCUCCCCAAAGUCUAAAUUCAUGUAGGAUCACUUGCAAGGAUUUGCACAAGUCUUACCUGAAGUGAAAGUAGUAUCAGGGACUUUUGUUGAAUAUUUAGGAUUCAGGUUUAAAUUUAAAUUCUAGCAGUGUUCAUGUCAGGGUGGGGAAUGUGCCUUUUUCAGUGUUGACUAGGAGCUUCCAGCAAAGAAGAAAAGCUGGUGGCCUCAAGGCCUCACUCCUGGGGUGAGAUCUCUGAGCACAGCAGGAAGAGUGCUGCGCAGCCAGGACAGUCCCCAUCUCCUUUUUCCUGUAACGCAACAGCCCUGAGCAACUAGGACCUGUUGUCUUUCCCAGACCACUGGGCUGUCCAGAUAGCCCCACAUAAGUGGAGAGGCCAUCCUGAGCUGUGUCCCUCCCUUCACAGUUUGCACUUAAUCUGACUUGAUCCUCACGGGAACCUGUAAAGUUAACAGAGAUUAAUCAUAUGUUGUUACCCAUUUUUUUUUUUUUUUUUAAAAAGGAACCUGGUUCAAAUGAUUAAGGGCAUGACCUCCAGAGUCCUUAAGGCAGAGCCGAGGCAAGGUUUUAGGUUUGCUCCUCCAGGAAGCUGGAUUUGUUUCCUGUAAUACACCGCAAGAAAGGAACUCCCCAGGAGUGCCCAGGUUUGCAGCUCACACCCUUGACCCAGCCUGGAGGAGGAGUGGAAAAGUAUGGGUCGCCGAUUGCAUUAGAAUGUGCAGUUAUCUUCCAGGGGACUUGUAGCAACCCUAGGCUUCCUGGGUUCUGCUUCUGGAAGAGACUUGGGAACUGGAGUUGGGGCUUCCCUCCUAAGCCAGGGCUGUGGUUACCCCAUAGGACAGUCUCAAUCACUUAUGCAAAUGCGGCAGGUUGGCCUGGCUAAUUAAUUAACUAGCACCUCUUGGCUGUUGGGAGAAUUAUUACCUUUCCUUUGGGGCUACUUUGCUGAGAAUUUGGGAUUUUUUUCAUAGUCUCUAGGCCCAGAAACCCCAUAUUUACUUCAAGAGAUUUAGCUCCUAGUUCUUUAAGUAAAAUACAAGUCUGUUGUGUAAGGGCCAUCACAUGCCCAUCCGUGGGUGGGAGCUGUUCUUGGAGAGCUUUCUAUCCCUGGGAAGUGAUGGAAUAGGAACUCAGGGUGUCCCUCCCCCUUCCCAGACCUGACCCCUUUCUUUGACUAACAGAGCCCCAUCCAGGCAAAAUUAGAGCGCCAAAUUGAAGCAGUCUACCUUCCCAUGAGCUGGUCUGUUUCCCUGCCACUCUGAGUUAUUUGAGAGCAUAGACCACCACCUAUCAAAUGAGGGGACUCCUCUAGAAGACUGUGUGGUCUUUUUUGGCUCCCACACUGUAGGGACCUCUAAGUAAGAAUCCCCACUUGAAAUUUAGCACCACCAGGAAAUUAGAGGGAAUGCAUAAUAUACAAUGGCCAGCAGGUGGCGCUGUAUUCCACCCAUGGCGAUGCAUGGUUCUGAAAGGGAAUGUUGGUGCCUUUUAUGUCACAAGUUCACGUUAAGAUGUUAAUAAUGUUAAGAUGCUAAUGUUUUAACCAAAAUAAGCACUGAUCUUAAAUGUUAAGAGAUGAGCUUCUCUCAUGGGAAAUUUUCUUUGUCAUAAAAUUGGUGUCAGGAAUCACUAAAGAGCCAACAAAGUUGGUUCUUCUGUGUCAAGAGUGUGUCCUGACUGGAAAUAGAGGCCAUCUCAGGGUGAGAUUGCAGAUUGGUUGGAAGCUGAACUUGUGUUCCCGCUUACCUCCUCCCGGCUUUAAGGAUAACUUGAUUAUGAAGGAGUGGUCUCCUGGAGGUGAAGGGGAGGUAUCAAACUGGUUUUUAAAAAAAAGUCAGGCUGGGGUAUAGCCCAGUGGUAGAGCGCUUGCCUAGCAUGCGUGAGGCCCUGGGUUUGACCCCCAACAUCACCAAAAAAAAAAAAAAAAAAAAAAAAGCAAGUUUAAUGUCCGUUGUAUCACCAAUCAGUGUUAAAACACUAAAAUUGUAACCAAAAUAAAUGUCUUACCUUACAAAGAAACAGGCUUUGUUGUCCUCCUUAUCACAGUUUUACUUUUAUGCCUAGACUUUGUUUGCUUUUUCUGUCUUUAAAAUCUAAUGUAAAAACCAGCCCUCCUGAGUUAGUUAGAAGUUCAAUGAUGAUUAUAUUUAUUAAGUCGAUAUUUGUUGAACAUCUCUCCAGUAACAGUCCCUGAACUAUGGCCUUCAGAAGUGAUGCCAUUCAUAAGAAGUUCAAAAUGCACAGAAGUUCCAUUUCCAAAGUAUACACUGAAAUGAAUUAACCUAAAUGAACGAGUGGUGUCCAGUCCAUUAAGUGAAUGUGAGGGCUGGGGAUACUGCUUAGUUGGUAGAGUGCUUGCCUCGCAUGCACAAGGCCCUGGGUUCAAGAACGGAUGUGAAACACAUUUGAUUAAUGUAUAUUUUUAUUUCUAAAUGAUUAAAAUACCUACUUUAAAAACCA